AUGAGUCAAGGUUUGGUGAAUUUGAUUGUGUGUANAACACUGCUGGUGAAUUUCGAUUGCACGGCAAUGUGGCUGCGCGACGCAAAUCAGGUUGUGGACAGCUUUAAUGUGAAUCGUAUUUACCUGCAAAACAAGUACAACGGACAGACAGAUAUACCGGAAUUCCGACACUGGCAAAUACCGCUGGGUCGUCGCUUUCGCGCGCUAAAAGUGUGGGUUACAUUUCGCAUCUACGGUGCCGAAGGCUUGCGCGAGCAUGUGCGCAAACAAAUACGCUUAGCAGAGCGUUUUGAACGACAUAUCUUGUCGGACGCACGCCUGGAGUUGGUGGCUAAACGAUCAAUGGGUUUGGUCUGCUUUCGAGUGAAGGGUGACAAUCAGUUGACCACAGAUCUACUGCAAUGUGUGACAGAACGCAAGAAAAUCUAUAUGGUACAGGCGGCAUUUGGCGGCAAGAAUUUUAUGCGCUUUGCGGUGUGUGGCAUGGAUCCGAAGGAAGACGAUAUAGACUUUGCGUGGCGUGAAAUUGAAGAACAGCUAAAUAAAUUGCUUAAAGAAGAGAAAAGAGGAAAUGUAGGUACGAGUAAUGUGGAGGAGCACAGUGGCAAGCAGAGUUCUAACUUGAGUAUGCAACAGGUGCAUCGAAAAGAUUGCGUAGGCGAUAUUAGCCAACAACUGAGCACUGGACUGCAUAUAGCGGUUGGUGCGGAAGAGAAAGCCCAAUGAAUGCUUCUGAUGUGCUAAGUUUUUUUUUUUUUUUAAUUAUUUUUAAUGUAUAAAAUAUACAAAUUUAUUUAAGGCUUAAAAUUCAUGUUUCACUUAUUUGGAGAUUGUUUGGAUUUUUGAAAGAUACCUUAAUUUAGUUGAUUUGCUUGGCAUUCAGUUUCAACUAAA